UGGAACGCACCGCUGUACUCAUGGCUACUGUGGGGGAAAUACUGAAUUUUAAUGUGGGUGUUCUGGGUCAUAUUGACAGCGGGAAGACUUCGCUGGCAAAAGCACUGAGCACCACAGCGUCCACGGCGGCCUUUGACAAGAAUCCUCAGAGUAGGGAGAGGGGGAUCACCCUGGACCUAGGGUUUUCCUCCUUCUCACUGCCCAUGCCAGAUCAUUUAGCUGGCACCGGAUACAAGCAGCUGCAGUUUACAUUGGUGGACUGUCCAGGACAUGCAUCUCUCAUUAGGACCAUCAUUGGGGGUGCGCAAAUCAUUGACCUGAUGAUGCUGGUAAUAGAUGUGACGAAGGGCAUGCAGACACAGUCCGCUGAGUGCCUUGUUAUUGGACAGAUAGCCUGCAACAAAAUGAUCGUAGUCCUGAAUAAAAUUGACUUACUGCCAGAAAACAAGAAGCAGGUGGCUAUCGAGAGGAUGACCAAAAAGAUGCAGAAGACUCUGGAGAACACAAAGUUUAACGGAUCUUUGAUUAUUCCUGUGGCUGCAAAGCCAGGUGGCCCCGAAGCCGCAGAGUCAGUGGCAGCCCAUGGGAUCUCUGAACUUAUCGAGGUCUUGAAGUCCCAGGCCUACCUGCCUCGCAGAGAUCCCUCGGGGACGUUUCUCAUGGCUGUUGACCACUGUUUCUCCAUCAAAGGUCAGGGCACAGUGAUGACAGGCACCAUCCUAUCUGGGUCUGUCAGCCUAAAUGACAAUGUGGAAAUUCCAGCACUGAAGGUUACCAAGAAAGUGAAAAGCAUGCAGAUGUUCCACAAACCCAUCACCAGUGCCAUGCAAGGAGACCGGUUGGGCAUCUGUGUGACUCAGUUUGAUCCUAAACUUUUGGAACGAGGACUUGUCUGCUCCCCAGAUUCUUUGCACACCAUUCACGCUGCUAUAAUAUCUGUAGACAAGAUACAAUACUUCAAGGGACCACUGAAUACCAAAGCCAAGUUCCACAUCACUGUUGGUCAUGAAACAGUUAUGGGUAAAGUCAUGUUCUUUAGUGUUCCGACUACCAGUGAUAAACAAGAGGAGUCCACAAACCUUUUUGAUUUUGGGAAAGAAUAUAUGUACCAAGAUUGCUACCUCACUAAAGACACUAAAAUUUUGGAGGAGAAAAAGGGUCACAGUGAGCAGGAGGGGAUGGCUUUACCAAAGCAUCAAUGGGCCUUAUUAGAAUUUGAGAAACCUGUGACCUGCCCAAAGAUGUGUCUCGUCAUUGGCUCCAAACUGGACACUGACAUCCAUUCUAACACCUGCAGACUCGCCUUCCACGGGGUUCUUCUGGAAGGUGUAGAAGAUAAAGCCUAUGCAGAGAGUUUUCUUCCAAAACUGAAAGUCUUCAAAUUGAAACACAAAGAAGGACAGGUUGAAAGGGCAAAUGAUGACUACACUGUGAUUGGACGUUCCUUGUUUAAAAAGGAGACCAACAUUCAACUGUUUGUGGGACUGAAGGUCAAGCUAUCUACAGGAGAAGAUGGGGUGAUUGAAGGAAGCUUUGGGCAGAGCGGCAAGUUUAAAAUUCGAAUACCCAAUGGUCUUAGACCAGAAACAAAGCAGGUACUUACAGUCCCUUCAAAGAAGAGGUCCAAGGCUGGAAAAGGUGAUACGGAGGCUCCUAAGGAGGACGAGGUUAAACUUGACAGCCAGCCUGUACAUAUCACUCUAUGCUUCAAGAGAUAUGUAUUUGACCCACACAAGAAAAUGAUCCAGUCCUGAUCCUUACUUCAGCGCUCAACAUCCACUGGAACAACAGAGGCUUGAAGGGAUGCAGGGCCAGUAGGCAAAGUCACUACUUGACCAAAGAAAUUGAUUUUAUUCAAAUUAUAGAGGGGUUAAUGCAGGGGUAUCAAGCUAUAUACUCCCUAGGUAAUGAUGGAAAAUAAUUC